AUGGGUCUCGGCGCCAAGACUCCUCUUCGACGAGUGGUCACCUACCACAAAGGAGCCACCUCGGCACUGCUCUCCGACUCCGAGCUCCAGCCCGUCUCGGCCUUUGCCAGUGACGCAGUGACUCUCUGGCAGAACUCCAAGUAUCCUGCUGAGCUCGUCGACAAAGACCCAGUUGGCUCUACGCCAGUCAUCUACACUCCUGGCUCUCUCAUCCGGGUUGUGGAUUUCCCAGCAAACUCCAAAGGACACAACCAUAGAACUGCAUCUCUCGACUACGGUAUUGUGUUUGAAGGAGAACUGGAGUUGGUUCUAGAAGACGGUUCACGAACCAUUGUUAGGGCAGGCGAUUUAGUGGUACAGCAAGCCACUAUGCACCAAUGGAAUAACCUGACUGACAAGCCGGCUCGAGUAAUUUUUGUUCUUUUGGCGUCUGAAAGGACUGUCAACGGCGUGGACGUGGGUGAAGUUGGUGUCCCUGAGAAAUACCUUCCGCAGCAUUAG